ACUGCGCGCUCGCGCGCGCAGAUCAGGUCUCUUCAUUCCCACGCUUUCGCUGACGAGGAAGGUCAUGACGCCAUGUAUUCUCGCCUCCAGAAUAUGAUGGCAAGUCACGUUGUAAAACCUGAUACUAGAAAUUGCAAGAGACCAAGAGAACUGGAGCCUCAAAUGCCAGAUAGUCCACAACUGUCCUCUCUUGGAAAAUCAGAUUCCUCUUUCUUGGAAAGCUCGGGACUAUUUUAUAAAGAAUCCCUGGAGAAAGAUUUGAAUGGUGAUAUGAGCAAGGAAAUUAAUCUAAUGUUGUCUACAUAUGCAAAGAUCUUAAGUGAGAGAGCAGCAGUAGAUGCAUCUUAUAUUGACGAGAUAGAUGGACUCUUCAAAGAAGCCAAUACUAUUGAAAACUUUCUAAUACAAAAAAGAGAGCUCCUGAGACAGAGGUUUACAGUGAUUGCAAACACACUGCACAGAUAAAAUUGUGUACUUAAAAUAAUCUGAGAAUUUAAGCCCAUUAUUGUUGUAUUAAAAGAAUGACAUUUAUGCUCUGAAAGCUCUCUGGUUGUUAAAGAAAAUGUGUGCCUUAACCAUAGAAGGGGAAAUUCCUUGAAUUUCUUUUCUAGAUUUAAAAGGGACUUUAAACUGGAUAUUAAUAUGAAGUAUGUAGCUUUUUUUUUUGAGGGUUAAAUCUUUGGCAUAUUUCAUAAAAGUGUAAAUUAUUUAAAUUGCAUAUAGAUUCUUUUUUUCCUUAAGCCUCCUAGCCUUUCUUAAUCUAAAAGAGGACUCAGUGAGUUAUUUUGAUAAUGUUUAACAAUAUUGCACUUUUCUUUUAAAAUACUCUGUCUAAAUAGCAGCUAGAUAGCUAUGGAGAUAGUUUUAAAAUGUUUUUCAUAGUCAGUAUUAUAAAAAAAACCUAAAACCUCAAGGUAAUUUGUCCAGUUUCACAAUAUGUAAUAAAAUAUAGCUAAGGUAUUGCUAUUUAAUGUUACCAUUUGAUUAUUUUCACUAUUAGUUAUUAUAUAUGACUAAUAAAAAUUCUUGGUUUAAAAUUAUUUCUUGUGGUAAAAGUGAUAAAAUAAA